AUGUCAGACCUCUCAGUAGACAACAUCACAGAGCACACUGUGCAAGUCAACUCGCAGUGUCCUGACCCUCGAACCCGCUACAUCUUCGAGCGUCUCGUAACUCAUCUCCAUGACUUCGCCCGCGAAACAAGGCUGAGCACAGCAGAAUGGACCAAUGCCGUCGAAUUCCUCACCCAGACCGGUCAGAAAUGCUCGGAUAUCCGCCAGGAGUUCAUCCUGCUAUCAGACAUCCUCGGGCUCUCGUCGCUGGUAGACUCCAUCGACCAUCCCAAGCCACAGGGAGCAACACAGGGGACGCUAUUGGGACCCUUCCACACUCAUGAUGCUGAGACGCUGGAGUCAGGUGUUGAGCUCUCGCAUGAUACAGCAGGGAAGAAGCUGUUUGUCCUCUGUACUGCGCGCGAUACCAAUGGCAAACCCGUGGCUGAUGCCCGGGUUGAUGUUUGGGAGGCAGAUUCAUCCGGGCUGUAUGAUGUGCAGUAUACCAAACGAGAGAGACCGGAUAAUCGUGGAGUGCUGCAUACCAAUUCCCAGGGCCAGUUCUGGUUCACGGCCAUUCAACCUGUGCCGUACCCGAUCCCUGAUGAUGGGCCGGUAGGAAAGCUGCUGGCCACGCUGGGACGACAUCAAUGGAGGCCGGCACAUAUGCAUUUUAUAGUAGCAAAAGCUGGCUUUGACACAUUGGUCACAACGCUGUACCCGCGCGGUGACCCGUACGAGAAGUCGGAUGCUGUGUUUGGCGUCAAGAGCUCCUUGGUGAUUGACUAUGGCUCCGUGGACGAGGAGAUGGCAAAGAAGUAUGGCGUCCCUGCUGGUACGGCCCUGAUGAGCCACGACUUUGUGCUUGCAACAGAGCAGGAGGCAAAGGAGGAGCGAGAUCGUAAUUCCGUGGAUGCAUUGAAGAAACUGGGGCGAAAUGUCAAGAUAGUCGAUGGCUUGCCUGUCCCUGACGUUGAUUAA